AUGGGUUCAUCCGGAGGAGCAGCAGCUGGUUUGUUCGGUAACAAGCCUACUACAGGCCUAACUCCAACUUCUUUAUUCGGUCAACCGAACCCGAAUACCACCGCUACUACACCCAACAAUGGUCGUCUAUUCGGCGGUGUAGGCUCAAACACGAAUACGUCGAUGCAACCUACUCCGGGUGCGGUCGGCUUGUUUGCAGGAUCGACUCAGCCAACGUCGAUGAUGGGAGCUUCGUUUGGUACGGGUACGGCUUGGGGGGCACAGCCAAAGUUGGGAUUGUUUGGGUCAGUUUCUGUUUUGGAGCGAGCUUGAGAGAGAGAGUCGUUUUUUAGAGGUACGGUUGGGGAGGGAGGAGAGAGCUGAUGGUCACCUUUGCUGCUCGAUCGUACCCUUGGAUCGUGCACAGGUCUACAACACAACCUCAACAACAACAAGGAGGGUUCCAACUUGCUUCUUCGACACCACCACAGCAAGCGUCGACGAGCUCGCUGAACAAGAUGACCAAGUUCAAUGAUCUGCCCGAGAACGUCAGGGCGGUGAUUGAGGGGAUGGAGUCAGUCACUGAGAGUUACACCACGCCUGGGAAAUGGGGAUGUGGGCUGAAGCGAAUGCUUGGAUCGAAACUACAGCUCUUUCGUACGACAACAAGUACAUCUAUCGGAACAGCUCAAACGGAGGGAACUGGGAGUGGAGAUCGAAAAGACCCGGAACGAGUGGCAGCAAUGUUCGGCUGUAAGUUCGGAAUCAUGAGGUGAGAUAUGCUCCCAGGCUGAUUAUCGUUUGGGUUUACCCACUCAGGACGCGACCGCGAUCUCCUCCCUCUUGCUCCACUCGUCCAACUCGGUCUCGGCCGUCCGGAAUCGGCUCGACCAAGACGCGCAAGACGUCGAAAAAGCGACUUGGAUCGUCGAAGGUUUCAAAAACCCUCAAGGUCCGAAAGCGCAACAAGCCAAAGCGGUGCAAACGUUCCCGUUCGAGUUCUUCAGGAACAAGACGGACGAGUUCGACGCGCGCUUGAAGAAUUACAAAGAGACGAUCGAGGUGGGGUUCUCCUCUCGCCGAGGGCUUAGAUCGUUCAAUACUAAUCGGUAUGAUCAUAUCCCACAGCAAAUUCAACAAUACCUAUCCUCCCCUUCGUCCCUCUCUUCUUCCAUCGACCCUUCGUCGAUCGUGCCCACGUUGAAAUCACAAACGACGUCUUUCCUAGCUUUGGCGAGCAACGUCGCGUCGUUGCAGAGUGAUUUGCACCGGUUGAAGGACGAGUAUAGGCUCAUUUGGAGGGACAGGACGGGGAGGGUGACGGAUCCUUUUAGGGAGCGGGAGGGGGGAAGGGAGGUUGCUGGGGUGGUGUCGGGGUUGGGCAGGGUCGAGAUCAGGUGA